GUCGAUCAUGCGAAUGGCAAUCCAAUUAACUUGACAAACGUUGAUUUGUACCCAUUUUACAGGUUUUAUCGUAUUGUAUACAAAGACCAUGAAUGCCUCCCAGCUCCUGAAGUUUUGAAGAAGGCAAAAGCAAGAGUUGAUAAAGAAGGACCUGCAUACUGUCCUGUCACCAAUAACUGCGAACACUUUGCCAACGAAUGUAAAACUGGGAAGAAAGAAUGUCACCAAAAAUGGACGCCGAUUGAAAUUAUUGGGAAGAGCGCUAUCUCAAGUAUUGUAUCCGUUAAAAUAGCGAAACCUAUGUCACUAAUGGACAAGCUUCGACAUCUAUUGGCUAGGAUGCUCAACAUCAAACCUGAUUUAGCAGAGAAAUACAGAGCAAACUUCAACUCUAAAUUGGCCUUCUUUACUGCAGCUAAAAUUGAAGUAUUUCUGCUUUUCCGUGAUUGUCUUGACGCCAGCACAAAAUUCUCCGAAGGAAACCUGACUUCUAAAGAGUUUUUGGAGGUCGUUACGGAGAGAAUUUGUGCUGCAGGUUUCUCACUUGGUGGCUUUCAAUUGGGUUACCUUCUGGGCGGAGUCACAGCGCUAGCUUUUCCUGGUUGGUGGCCAUUGUCGGUUUUGGGAGCAAUUGUUGGCGGGGCUGGAGUUGAUUACGUGGCGAAACUGCUAGGCGGCAUUGCCGGGCAGCAAAUAAUCACACCUUUGGUCGUGUAUAUUGCUAAAGAAUUCUUGCAAAGUGUCAAGAGUACUAUGUCUAUGGUUGACUUGCAAAAGGAUUUGAAUGUGGAGAAAUUCUUGUUUAGUCUGGAGAGUAUUAUAAAUGACUUGGAAAGUGAGACAAAGAAGGAUGUGUAA